CAAUUCAUAUAAAACUCCAUGCCUGAGUUUUGUCUUUAUGUAAAGGAGUGAGAGGUCUUCUCAGCAGAGCUGCAUUGCGAUGCUGUGAAGCGCCCUCCCUCUCUAAUUCACACGCUCAUCAUGGAGGAAUAACAGCUACCUGCUUUACAGAGAGAGGAGGACAGGCUUAUUCCCGUUCCCAGCGACGUCUUGAAACGAGGUCAGACCAUCCGCGAAUGUGAAUUACACUGUUUUAUUAAAGCAGACAAUCGCGAUGAAGCAUUUUCUGAGGGUCCUGACCCAGUUGCUGGUGGUGCUUUACUGUAAGUGUUUGUGGCGGGGCUUGAAGUUUGUCAUCAGGAAGGUGACGGGACGAUGUGAGCUUCAACGGAUCUGUUACAAUAACAAACCUGGCGCCCGAAGGACCCUCAAGAUUGAAUCCUCACUCAAAUGCUCUAAACAUGAGCUUUUGCGGUCUGCCGUCAGUGUUCAGCCAGAUUCUGUAGAAAAGACUAUCGAUGAUAUAAUGUCCCUGAAAAGAAUCAACCUUGACACUAACCCACAGCUUGGCAUCUCUCUCCAGGCUUGCCUGCUCCAGAUUGUGGGUUACCGAAACCUAGUAGUGGAGGUGGAGAAGCUGCGUAGAGAGCCGUAUGACUGUGAAAACCCAGCACAUGAGGAGAUGCUCAUGAAGCUGUGGAAGGAACUCUGUCCCGAUUCUCCUCUCUCUGGACGCAUCUCAAAGCAAUGGUGUGAGAUUGGUUUUCAAGGAAACGACCCCAGGACUGAUUUCAGGGGCAUGGGUCUCCUGGGCUUGCACAGCCUACUGUAUUUUGCGGAGCAUGACAAAGCCACUGCUCUCCAAGUUCUUCAUGACUCCCUGCAGCCCAAACACAGCAUGCAUGUCACCAUCAUGCACCCACACUUUUUUUUUUUCUGUUCCUGCUUCUUUUUUAUUCCCAUCACUGUCAUGCACAGGAACGUUCCCAAAGAGGAAGCCAGCAAGAUGAGCAAAGCUGAGUGGGACAAGAAGACAUACGACAAAGCGAUUGGAUACUCCUUUGCAAUAGUUGGCAUAAACAUCACAGACCUGGCAUAUUCCCUGCUGGUGAGCGGCGCUCUGAAGACUCACCUGUACAAUGUUGCACCAGAGAUGCCAAGUCUAGUGCACUUCCAACAGACCUUCUGUUAUCUGAUGCAGGAGUUCCACAGGUUCUGGAUGGAGGAAGAUCCAUGUGACAUCAUGGAGUUCAAUCGCGUGCGCACCAAGUUCCACAAGCGCAUCCUGAAGCAGCUGAAGAACCCUGACAUGGCACUGUGUCCUCAUUUCACUGCCUCUGACCUUCACCUGGUCAACCUGUAGCUUUCCAUUCAUCUCAACUCUCAUCCUUAAUGUCCAUGUCUCAUUACUGCCAACUGCUUAGCCGGUCUCUUUCUCAUGUAUUCUCACACCAAUGUCUCCUACAGCACAUCUGACCAGAAGUAACUGAAGAUCACCAGCACUGCUGAAGACCAUGUUGAUUGUAUGUGCGCAUGGCAACAGUGCACCACCUUACAGCUUUCACACUGAUUGUGAUAUUUACAGCUAUCUGAAUGUGGACCGGAGAGAUAUCUCCAGAUAGGACAGGGCUCCCUAUCCACCAGUAGGUAGAGCUGUUGGUACAUAUUAGUUAAUACAUUGACCUUGCAAGCGUUUCUACACAUAUCCACCGCACUAGGCUGCACUGAUACCAGGCACACUUUGAAACAAAUGACCAUUGUUUAUAUACACUAUCAUAUACUUUCAGAGCUGUUAUAUUAAAGUCUUUUAAAGGAAUAUACAUGGUUUAGUAAAGUUAAGCUCAAUCAACAGCACUUUUGGUAUAAUGCUGAUUACCACAAAAAAAUUAUUUAAAAAAAGCAAAAAUCUGGUUUACAGCGAGGCACUUAAAAUGGAAGUGAAUGGGGCCAAUUUUUCUGUUUCAGAAAUGUAGCCACAAGAUAUACAUGUUAACAUAAUUUAAGUCUGAAAAAAUACUACCCUUUUCUGUGUAAAGUUAUUUUUAAAAUUGUAAAUAAGAUGAUUUAAACAGAUCACAUAAUACAUAAAUUUGAAUAGAAUUCAAUGCAGUUGCUUUAUGAGAUUAGAGUUGUCAAAUUUCUGAUUUUAAUCACUUUACAUUUGGCCCCAUUGCCGUCCACUGUAAGUGGCUCACGGUGACCUUGAUUUUUUUUGUAUUUA